CAAUGUCCAGCUUGACCAAGGACAUUGGUAAUUGAUGCCGCCUUUGCUGUCUACUGGGAGCCUGGUCCGCUCAUUGUACUAAUAAAACUUGAUAGGUCAGCUUGAUAUAUUGGGGCAGUUCUGACCUCGAAUGUGGCAAAUGGCUCUCCAUGGUGGAGCACAGGCUAAGCAAGCUAAAAGAACGUCUCGAAACUACAGACCCCAGACCUGAUGAAGUGUGUCUUUACCCACACCGAUUAUUGGAUCUUGAACGCGAUAGUCGGGAUUCUGAGGGUGGCUACUGGGCCGGCUCCUACAUUUUGGGACUCCGACGUUUUAAAGAAUCAGAAUCAGAUAGGCGGAUCGCGAGCACAUGGGACCUCCAGACAGUGGCGAACAACACCGUGAUUCCAAAGGAUGAUUGCUCCAUCAAGACAGCCUACAUGACAGCGAAUGAUUUCAACGACGAAAACCUGAUCCUUUGUCCCCGGACUUGGCCACGUCCAGAAUUAGCGGUUGACCGGGAGAAAAGCUACAUGGCUAAGCUUGAUGACGGUCUCGACAAGCCUCAGAGAACUUCGAAACAUCAGAAAAGCAGGGAACAACCUAGCAGCGAGGAAAGCCACACAACUCCUAAAAGACUCCGCCCGGCAAGAGCUGUCUUGAGCCGUCUGAGGCAUGAUCCAACAUUCAAUAUCGAUGAGUACAAGGUCGGAUACUUAGACAGGCAUACCGUUGUGCCACAGGAAAAGCCUGUAGCUUUUUGGGCAACAGACACGACGGACGAUUUGUUCAUUCCCGAGCACAGGAUUCUUUACUUCAAGAGAUGUCCAGCAAGUGGAGAGGAGUUUUUGAUGUGGCAUAAAGCUGAAAAAAUUGAUAGAAUAUUUACGGCCAGAGAGUGAUCGUGGAGGGAAACAUUUAGAUUGUACUGGAGUGGGUAGAAGAUUGGAAGAAUACCAACGUAGAGAAGUCGUCCAAGUCUUUAGGCAGACAUUGAAGUUAAGGAAAAGCUUCGAAUGAUCCUUCGAGUUCUCGAACAUUGGAAGUUAUCUAUAAAGACAUUGUCCAAGUCAUAUCAGACACUUUAAAUAAUUCCUCUUCGAAUGUUUCCUGGAGUUGUAGUACUUUGAAAGCUCACCACCAUAUACAUUGUUCGAAGUCAAAGUUGGACAUUGAAAUUGUUACCUCUCUUAAUAAUUCAAAACAAUUAGGCGCAGAUUGGGUGGCUUUCUGGAUUGAUCCAGCAAACUAUCUAACGUACUCUCUCCAUUGUCUGGCUUCGUUCAUGUUCUGGUCAGCACCCUUUUCUUACCCUUUGUGCCAACC